AUGUCUUCCAAAGUUACAGGUAAAAAUCCAUAUAUUGCACUGAACCAUGGAGGAUGGAAACCUCAUGUUUUAAUUUAUUAAGAAUAGUUUGCUAUUAGAAAGUGGAUGUAGAAAGCCAGAAAAGUUAUGAAAAUAGAUGAAUAACUAGAUUCCGUUUUCCAGUGUAUAUAUACUCUAGUUACGCAUAGAGGGCGUCCAAUGUAGAUCAUUUGAUGGAAGUUUGACCUGUGCAUGUCAAUUACCAGUGGGUUUUGCAUUUUUAUCACUGCCUUGUGAUUCUGUUGGUUGAGCAGCUGGAAGUAGACUCUUCUUUAAAUGAUCAUAAAAUAUACAUAUCUACAUAUAUAUAUAUCUUUUUUUUUUUUUGCAGCAACAAGGACUGACUGAAGAAAAGUCUCAAAGACAAAAGAGCACAAAAGUAUGAAAAACCCUCUUAGUUUUUUCAUAAUUUUUUCAGUUGUUAUUUUAAAAUUUAGAAGUUCAAAUGCCAAUGCAUGUUGAAAAAUGGUGAAACUUUGGUCACACAGCUGGAGAGAAGGAUGUAUUUGAUAGUGUGACUGUGGUUGAGGAUGAGAAAAUGUUGAUAUGUUAUCGUUAAUAACGCCAUCACCCCUCCUGAGGUUUCUUACCUAAAUCUCUGCGAAAAACAGGGGGAAAAGCAGCCCAGGAGUGACAGAUUUCUCCUCUCAGAUAUGUUACACAGACAGAAACAAGGUUGUGGGUGGAUCAACUGUCUGAAAUGCUUCUAGAUUCCCCCAAACACCAGAUAGAAAUUGUUGUUCAGAGGUACAUGCAUGUACUUUAGUGUACUUACAGUUUUUGUUACAUUUAUGGUCACAAAAACAUUGGAAUGUAGUUAGUUUUGUACACUUCGUAUAGGGAAGAGGCAGGUUUAUAGAGAGAGGGGUUAUUAAAAAAUUAUACUUCCAAACAAGGAGCUUGUUAGAAACAGGGCUUAGGGAUGGACUAUAUUUUUUUGAGCGGAGGGUUGGGCAAUUACCACAACAACAAAAAAAUUGCCCAACCUCCCCCCACCCUUUCUCAAAAAUAAUGGUCAUUUCCUAAUAGAGCUUUGAGUCACUAACAGAAUCAAAGGGCAAGUGAAUUAUUUCCUCUCUUAACCCUUUAGCUCCCAUGAGUGACCAAGACAGAAUUUCUCCUUACAAUAUCAAUACAGUAUCAAACAGACAAGUGACGAGAAUAAAGAAAAAUCUUAAUUAGGGGAUUAUUAUGUGGUCCUAUACCAAAUUCUCCAAACUAGCAUCACAAGAACUAUAUGGCAGACAGUAAGGAGAAUUACUAAUGAGAUCUUGGGAGUUAAAGGUUAAUCCAUAUGGCAUAUAAAGUGACAAUGGAACAUUUCUGAUAGGUUUUAAUUUUUUUUUUCUCCUUAAUUGAAGAAACUGCUCUUUUGCAUGAAUUGCUGGAUAAGUUGCAGGAGGGAGAUGUUUCUAAAGUCCUUCACAACCAUCCUUCCUCUGAGUCCUUCUGGUCAGCAAUAAAUGCCUCUCACUGGCCAAUAACAAAGAAGAUAACAGAUAAGAAUGUGGCACAUCUUGUACAAAACCUACUGGUGACUGAAAUAAUUUCGUUCAGGAAGUUUGAGAUAGACUCAUUCGCUGAAGGUCUCAAGAAUUUGGAGUUCCUAGAUGCCACAAAGAACAACAAGGAAGUCUGCUUUAAGCUGCUUUGUAAUUCUAUUGAGCAAACCCUCACUCCUGAUGAAUUUAAUAAUCUCUUUGAUGCCAGUGUACAAAGGCCCUCUGACUUUGCCCAGCUACACUCCUAUGACUGGUUCAUGGAUUAUGUAAUGCUGGUGAGGAGAAACUCAUAUGUCUGCUGCAGUUCAUUACUGGCUUUCAAUCAAUUCCACCUUAUGGUCUCCCUCACAACAUUGUGCUAAUAUAUAUUCCUGAUGAUGAUGAGAAAGCUUCCAUGCCAUAAGCAACUGUACACCUGGCGAUGUUACAGCUCCCAAAAAUUCAUUCCCCAGAGAAUAAUUUCAAUUAAAGCUUGGAUAUUGCCUUAAAGUUUGAAAGCCAGAGGUUUCCUACUGUUUAGCACCUUUGUAACUCAAAGCAAAGAAAAUAUCAGUGAACUGCAGUUUUCUGAAAACGCUUUAAGUUGGCUGUAUUGAUUUGUAGUUGUUCUCUUGUUUGUUUUGAUGCAUUACAUAGAACUUAUUAAACUUUCAUAAAGAAAUAACAAUUGCUAGUCCCAGACUGAGGGACUGAAGGCUGGUUUUAACUAGCAAUGGAGUAGUAGUUGGAGUUGUAUGUAAUCAGAUGCGUAGAGGAAUAUGAUGUAGUGAAAAUGAAACGGUCGCACGGUCGUACAUCCAAAUUUUUUCGGCUUGAUGGGUUACUACUAUUUUGUACAAUUUAAAUUAUGGGGUUACGCUCUGCGAGCUCCGCUAUCAUGUUUGCUAGGAAAAUGUAACUAAUCCAAGCUCUUUUAUUUUCUUGAGUCUCAGAAUAAUUUUUUUCGCAAAUUACAGGUUUUCAUUUCGUUUCGCAAAUUACAGUAAGCCGAAUUUUGGGGUGAUCGGGG